GGGAUGGAGGUGUGGAGGCUCGCUGUCACGCUGUCUUCUCUUCCUCUUCCUCCUCUUCCUCCUCCUCUUCUUCCUCCAUCACAUACGCUGCUGAUGCUGAUGCUGAUGCUGAUGCUGAGCUCGCCGUUUGCGUAGGAGCUCUUCUUCUUUUCCUCCUCCUCCUCCAAGAAGAAGAAGAAGAAGAACAACAACAGGACAUUUCCUCCGCCUUCCUUCCUUCCUUCCUUGACGUCCGCCUGGCAGAUUGUCCCAGACUUUGCAUCCAGCCAGCCAGCUGUCAGCCAAUCAGGCGCCUCCAGAUGACAAUUCCUCUUAUCUCGGAAGGAAGUUGAUGGAGAGUCUUUCGAAUGACAGCCGGCACCGUGGUCAUCACUGGUGGAAUCCUUGCUACUGUCAUCUUGCUGCUGAUCAUCGCAGUACUUUGUUACUGCAGGCUGCAGUAUUACUGCUGUAAGAAAGAAGAGUCCGAGUCGGAGGAGGAGGAGCCGGACUUCGCCGUCACAUCCCGCCUGCCGCCGGUCCACUCCAACCACAACAUUGUGGCGGCCACGGCCGCCGCCUCCUCCAUCCCCAAUGGCCCCGCCCUCUUCCCCACCCCGCCGCUGGCCAGGAAGCUGACGCGCUCGCAGACCUUCUGCCCGUCGUGCACUCACUACGAGCUGCCCUUCUACCUGCAGCCGCCGCCGGCCCCGCAGCUCCACCAGGCCGAGGCGGGCUUGAGGAACGGCGGUGAGCGGCUGAGCUACCGCGGCGCUCAGCAACCUCCCGCGCCGCUCCGGCAGCCGGACAUGGCGCUGCCCGUGCCCGUCAACGUCUCCGACUACCGUAAGCCCCACCUGGCGCGCUCGGUCACCAUGAGGGACAUGUUGGUCCGCAGCUGCAGCAUCAGUACUGAUGUGUGACGUCCCCUGGCUUCUCCUGGACCAGGUGGCGCUCACGUGGGAGGACUGAGGACAAGAGCGUGGCCCGCACCAUGGGAGACACCUCACUUUGGCUCCAAGAGCGUGGCCCGCACCAUGGGAGACACCUCACUUUGGCUCCCACCUCCAAGAGCGUGGCCCGCACCAUGGGAGACACCUC